AUGCCUAGAGAGGUCUUUGUCGCACCGUCACGUCCAUUUGCAGAGCCGCCCGCGCCUGGAUCGCUCAAGACAGCCGAAGAACUGGGACUUUCGAGCGCCAAUGCAUGGGGAUAUGGCGUCUCGACGCGUCUGCUGAGCGAUCCUGGACGAUGGGAAUUAUUUAAUAUGAUUCAGACGGGCAACGUCUGGUUGGAUAAUUACAUGUUGGAGAUCCAAUCCAAGCUGCAGGCAGUCGAAGUAGGCAAGCUAAAGGAAGAAGUCGACUUUGUCGAUCUUGUCAAGACGCCUGGACGAAAUAAGGGGACAAACAAGUCUCGCUCACAGACGACUAUCGAUGCGGAAAGAUUGGCAAAGAUUAACGCUUUGCAUUUCGGAGAGCUUGAGCGCCACUCGCCCGUCAAGAAACCACAGUUCUUGAAGGAUGUAGCAGACGAUGGCGCCCAGUUGAAACAACUUCCAGCGUCUGUCACGAUGGACGCUGUCCGUCCAGAGGAGAUGCACGUUGUCACGCAUUCACCGAUUGCUCCUCUGCCACUCAAGGCUCAAGGAGAACCACUUGGUAUCUCUAUGACUACCUCUCAGGCCACUAUCAAGCCUGCCGCAGCACCAAGCGUAGCCUCUUCGUCAAGCGAGCGCCGAUUCGGUCCUCGGCCACUUCCAGCCCCUCCAGCCUCUGGGAUGCGAUCCCGUACCACUUCCAAUGCCAGCAUUAUUUCCGUCAAACCGUCGACAUACGAGAGACCGCCUAGCCGUGCUGCUGUUGAGCCCAAGCAACCAGUCGCUGUCUCAGCCGAGUCUCAGAAGCCCAAAGUUCCAGUACCUGCAGCUCUCAGAACGCCUUCACCGAUCCCUAUUUCCGCUGAUGACGGAGAUGACAUGGUCGUCGAUGUCGAAGUUCCACUCAACGAUUUGACAAUGCCACUCAACGAUACCACGUCUUUGUUCCCAUCCAUUCUAAAUCGUAAACCGAGCUUUGCGGCCCUACCAGGCCCGAGCCCGCUCAAGCGAAGUUCGCGAGGGACCUCUCUGGCCAACUUUCACCACUCGGACGGUGAAGGCUCGAGCAGAGCGUCGUCAGGCACGGCGUUAACGUUUACAAAGCCACCAAGCGCGAAUAACGGAACUCGUUCCUCUGUUCGUCCGAGCUCUGGAUGGCUCAAGAGCGCAGCGGCAGCUCGAGACCGAACUACAUCUAUCCAAGGCGGUGUGCCCAAGAUCUCUAACGAGACUGCUCUCAAUACUGCUGCAAAUGCUGUAGGAGCCAGCUCUGGAUUCAAGCGUAAGAGUGAGCAUGGAGACGUCUCUGCGGCAGAGAGGGCGCCCAAGGUGCAAAAGACGCAGAAUACCAGCUUUGCUAUGCAGAGAACAUCGGAGGAGAAGCCUGUGCUCGAGCCAACGUCGAGCAAAGGUUCCUUACAUGGAACUGACGACGGAAAGCAGGACGACGAUGAGUCCAUGCCGCACGGACAGGACGAGGACGAUACUGCCAAGAGACUGAUGAGACUGAAGGGUCUUGUCAAAACACCGGUGUUGGAAGAUGGACCCGCGUCCACUCGGAAUACUUUGACGGGUACGAGUGACCGCACUCGCGGUAAAGAGAUUGCAUUGCCAUCGUCAACAGUCGAGAAGAAGGGCGACGGCGUCAAGGAGUCAAGGCCUCGCAAGGAACCCGUCAGCGAGGCCGCACCGAAAAGAAAGGAUGACAUGGGUACUAAGGUUGCUCCUCCAUCGAAUGCGACUAUCGCCACACUUGCUGCUUCGACUACCCCUCCUGGGUCGCCCGUUACAGUUGCACUCGAUAAACGAAAGAAUAAAGAUGCGGUCCCAACUGCAACUGUCAAGGUGGAGGAGAAGCCCAAGGCGAAUCCUCCUGCGCUCGUUUUCAAGCCUCCAGCAAAGGCCAGCAUCUUCUCUGCUUCAACCAAGCACACAUCGGGAGUACCGGAAAAGACAAAGCAAAAUGGCAUUUUCAGUCGGCCUCCGUCACUCCAAGCCCCGUCUUAUCAGAACCUGGCUGGUGGCAGUCAAACUACCGAGGAAACCGAGUCCCAAGCUACCUCUAUCUUCGAUGCACCAGUAGCUAAGGGCAAGACGAGUAUCUCGACGUUCGACACCGGUUCUCAGUCGUCGCAUCCUGCCAAUGAACAAUAUACGGAAAAGGAGGACGAGUUUGCCGGAUGGGACGAAGAGGACGGUGUCACGGCUGGAUGGAUGAGCAAGGGAGAUGAGACUGCUGGUAUUCAGCGCAUACCCGGUGCUUUCAAAGACGAAGAGGAGAACCGGGAAGAAGAACCGGAGGAUGUUACGAGUAACCGUUGGCAUGCGCUCCGAGCCGAAGCUAUGGCAGACGCAAACGCGAAUCCCGACCAUGGACGAGAGGAGACACCUACUCCAUCUGGGGACGACGAAGAGAUGGCGAUGGAUGAAGAAGAUAUUGAGAUUGGAGACAGUGAGGGCGAACCAAUGGAGGAAGAGCCUGACUCGGAGCCUCCCAAGCCUGCGGCUCCAAUGUCGGUCGGCGGUGGCAUUAUGGCGUCCGUCGGUUCAUUAGCCUCCAAGUUUGGCCUCAAGAGCUUGCGGAUGGCAGCUGCUGCUGCUGAAAAGGAGAAGACGGAAAAGGAGAAGAAGCAGAAAGAGAUGGAGGCUCGUCGACAAGCCGCUGCACAGAAAAAGGCAGAAGAAGAAGCGAGACGCAAGGAAGAGGCGGAACGAAGACGUAAACUCGAAGAGGAAAGGCGCAAAAAGGAAAAGGCGGACACGACCUUGAAGGGGAGCGUCAAAACUGUGAAACCACUAGUACAAGCAGCAGGUUCCCGUGUCGGAGAAAAGCAACCCGAAAUCAAACGGCAGCCAUCCAAGCUUGCGUUGGGCAACUCGACGCUCGCAAGCUCAAAGACCGGGCCAUCAGUUAUUUCGUCCACGUCAAAGCGAGCGCCCACACCAACCAAAGCGCCGUCGACCAUCAAGCUCCUCAGUCAAGCGAGCGCCGCGGCUUCAACCUCAAAUCUCCCUAUGCUCACUCCUCUCGCUACCCCUACCUCCAUUCUGGGUCCCACGACGGUCAAAGCUGGCACCAAGGUCACUUUCAAACCCAGCUCGACCUUGCCCCUCAAGACCGCGUUGGUGAACAAUGGUAGCACAACAAGCUUGAUGUCCAGCAAGCAGGUUCAGCGGACGGAGACUACGACCAGCAGAGUGGAAGCCGAGGUUCGCCUUUCCGAAGGCGGGAUUGACGAGAGCGCCGACUUGCCAGACAUCAAGAGCGAGUACUCUGACUCGGAAGAUGAGGACAGACCGCGAACGUAUGAUCCACCUGUGUGGGCUCAGUCCCCCGACUUGCGACAAGCGCUCGAAGAUAUGCGCACGGUCAAUCCUGAUACCAUCUUUGGUGCGAUGCCGACGUUGAGGAUGGAGGAGAUUUUCCCUGGGAGGCGGAAAAGCAAGUUUCGUGCGAGAACGAGCUCGGCGAACUGGGCGGGUACGGAUGGCGUUACGGCCGAGGAGGAGAUUGAGUAUGCGAGACGAAUGGGAUUCGAACAGUAG